CGCUGCUCUCGGCCGCCGUCGGCGUGGCCGGCUGCUUGAGCGCCGAGCUCUCGGACGGCCGGCGCCGCUUGGCGCGGGGCGGCGCGGGCUCCGCGUGGCCCGCCGGGUGCAGCAGCAGGCAGCGGUCCAGCCGGACCUGGCGUUCACUCUGAGCAGUGCAGCCGUCUCUGUCCUCCGCCCCGGAACCACAAUGGGGAUGACGGAUUCCGCGUGUGGCUCAGCUCUCAGAUCAGCCGUCUAUUCAGUGGCCACGAGGAAAGUCCCAGCCUGGCGCAGGUCCCGAGUGCUGCCGCGUAAUAAGCCUCCCAGUGUUAUCGGACCUCAGGCGUCAUCUUGCCCCUCGUAAUCAUACCCAAGAGUCCAAUGUGCGAGUCGGUGAUGAGGACUCUUGUUUCUCCUCCUCGCGGUCAAGAGGGGGGCAGACUCAGAAGCCACGCCUGCGCCCUGAUUUACAAGUCAGAGACAGAGGGGGACGAAAACCACACACCAGACAGGAACUUAGUCGGACUCACCACCACGAUGCUAAAAGUGAAGAGGCUGGAAGAAAUCAACACGUGUUACCAUGGUGACCAGCUGGAGAAAAUGGCCUUUUUUCAGUGCAUGGAAGAGGUGGAGGAAGUGAAGUGUAUUCUGGAAGAAAGUUCUAGUGAGCAGGAUUCGAGAUCUGGGAAGAGUGAGGCUAAGGAGCAGUUGUGCUCACACCCCGGCCAGAAGGAAACAGCACCAGCCAAAGGCAAAAGGACAGCGCCUCCCACAGACGAGGCCUGGGCACCGCCUGCGCCGUUUGAUCACCGCAUCGUGACAGCCAAGCAGGCCGCCGUCAACAGCUUCUACACCGUGAGCAGAACAGAAGUCUUGGGAGGGGGGCGCUUCGGCCAGGUUCACAAGUGUGAGGAGAAAGCCACAGGUCUGAAGCUGGCGGCCAAGAUCAUCAAGACCAGAGGCAUGAAGGACAAGGAUGAAGUGAAGAAUGAGAUCAACGUCAUGAACCAGCUGGACCACGUGAACCUCAUCCAGCUCUACGACGCCUUCGAGUCUAAGAACGACAUCGUCCUGGUCAUGGAGUAUGUGGACGGAGGGGAGCUCUUCGACCGCAUCAUUGAUGACAACUACAAUCUGACCGAGCUUGAUACCAUCCUGUUCACCAGGCAGAUAUGUGAGGGGAUAAGACACAUGCAUCAGAUGUACAUCCUACACUUAGACCUGAAGCCUGAGAACAUCCUGUGUGUGAAUCGGGAUACUAAACAAAUAAAAAUUAUUGACUUUGGAUUGGCCAGAAGAUACAAACCCAGAGAGAAGCUGAAGGUGAACUUCGGAACUCCAGAAUUCCUCGCCCCUGAAGUUGUGAACUAUGAUUUUGUUUCCUUUUCCACGGACAUGUGGAGCGUGGGAGUCAUCACUUACAUGCUACUCAGCGGUUUGUCCCCCUUCCUGGGAGAUAACGACGCCGAGACCCUGAACAACAUCCUGGCGUGCAGGUGGGAUCUGGAGGAUGAAGGAUUUCAGGACAUCUCGGAGGAGGCCCGGGGGUUCAUCUCCAAGCUUCUGAUCAAGGAGAAGAGUUGGAGAAUAAGUGCAAGUGAAGCCCUCAAGCACCCUUGGCUGUCGGAUCACAAGCUCCACUCCAGGCUCAGUGCACAGAAGAGGAAGAAUUGCUGCUCUGAUGCCCAGGACCUGGUGGCCAAAUAGUCCCUGGAGGGCGCCCUCUUGAAAGGAAAACUGCUGCGGUUGCUGCUGCUUGGAGAAGAUUUUUGGAAAAAUCAGCAGUUCUGAUGCCUUGACCCCUAAGGAGACUGGUGGCUCUGGGGGAGGGGAAGCCACCACACUCAGAGAACUCUGAGUACCUCUGCCAGGCUCGCGGGGCCGGGGGCACCCAGAGCUGCGGCCCAGGGGGCAGGCAAGCCUGCACCUCGCUUCACAACCCACUCCCUGCAGCAGUGCACACCCCAGAAGACGUUUCCCUGCCAUCCUGAGCUUUAGAACUUUCGAUCUCAGUCACUGGGGCACGGGGUGCAUUAUUUCUGCAAUUUCUCAGAUCCCUAGAGCAAUCAUACUGGAGAUUUAGUUGAGAUUUUAAAACAUGUUGGAUGCAGUGGUUAACUAUUAUAUAUAGAAUGAAUAAACAACAAGGUC